AUGUCACAGUACGGCUACGAUGACGGCCCACGCCGUCACGAGUCGCGCCGCACUCGCACCCGUGAGCCCGAAUACGUCGAGGAGACGUACAUCCAGCGUGGCAACGCCCCGCCCCAGCGCGACCUCGUCUACCGCCCCGCCCGCGACGACAGCAUCGAGGAUAUCCCACGCGACUUCCCCCCACCCGGCGCCGAAUACCGCCGGACCAAGGUGCGCGAGAAUUACGGCCCUCCGCGCCGAGCGCGCUCUGUCGGCCGCCGUGACUACUAUGACGACGACUACAGUGACUACGCCCCUGCGCCGCGGGGCCGACGAAGCCGUGACGAUCCCUACUACUCGGACGACUAUGACCGUCCUCCGCGCCGCGAACGCCGCAAGUCCAAGGUCGAGGAGUUCAUGGAUGACGCUGGCCUUGGCGGCGUCAUGGGCGCCGUGCUUGGGAAGUCGCGCAGCAAGAGCAGGUCUCGUGGUCGGGACGACCGGUACGCCGACCGCUAUGAUCGCCAUGAUCGCUACGAUGACCGCAGCCGGAGCCGGAGCCGUCACGGCAAGUCCGAACGCAAGUGGCAGCAGGCUGCCCAGGCGGCCCUCGUCGCCGGAGCCGUCGAAGCCUUCCGCAGCCGCAAAGAUCCCGGUGCCUGGACCGGCGAAAAGGGCACUCGCAUCGCAACCGCUGCCCUUGGUGCUGCCGGCAUCGACGGCCUUGUUGACAGAGACCCGGAUAAGAAGAGCAAGCGCCACACCGCCGAGGCUGUGAUUGGCGGCUUGGUCGCUAAUCGUCUGGCAAACGGUCCGAGAGAUCGCUCCGCCUCCCGGGGUAGAUCUCCUUCCCGCUCACGCUCCCGUGCUCGCUCUCUCUUCAGCCGCAGCCGGUCACGAGGCCGUUCCGUGGACCGUGAGGAAGGAGGCGGAGGUGCCAUCAAGAACCUUGCGGGGGCCGGCGCCAUUGCUGCCGCCGGCAAGGCCAUUUACGACCGUGUUCGAUCCAAGUCCCGGCGUCGCAGGUCUCCGAGCAGCUCGAGUGCCGAUAGUUACGUUCCCUCGCGCGGUCGCCGGUACGGUCGUCCUCGCGGAUCGGCGGAUGACGAUUAUCCAAGGACAUCCAUGGCCGGGAGCGUAGCGGGCGGCCCCGUGGCGACGCGCGGAAGACGCAACAGCAGCGUGAGCUCGGAAUCGACUACGGAUAUGGAACAGCAACGGAAGAAAAUGCGAGGUAAGGAACUCCUCACUGCGGGACUGGCGACUGUCGCAACCAUUCAUGCGGCGCACGGUGUCUACACGUCCAUGGUGGCAUCGGAGAAGCGGCGCAAGCUCGUCUCCGAGGGUGAAAUGUCGCCUGAAGAAGCUCGCAAGCGGAAGAGCAAGAACAUGCUGCAAGAUGCAGCAGCAGUCGGUAUUGCAGCGCUCGGUGUCAAGAGCGCUUUCAGCGAGUGGAAAGAGAUGAACGAACAACGCCACCAUGUGCAUGAGCUCGAGGCCAAGCGACGCAAGAAGAGGAAGCAACGCGACCGGGCACAGCGCGACGCUAAACAGAACGCCCUGAUGAACGGCUCCGCUAAUCCGUAUGCCAUCCCAGCUCCUGGCACCGCGUACCCGCAGUACGGCGCCUCAACCUACGCAGAUGCGAACCCUUACUCCGCUGGCAAUCUGCCACCGCCACCGAUGGGGGCUCCGGCUGGAAGAUACUGA